AAUCCAAACCUAUCAUCAGCUUGAUAGUUUCAGUGUAUCAUUACUCUAGCUAGCAAUGUUUUCAAAAUGCAUCAGCAGUUUAAUCAUUGCCAUAGUUUGUUCCGUUUUACUUACAGCACAGUAUGCAGAACCGAGCUUGGAGGUUGAAGUUGAGGCGAUUCGGGCAUUCAAGAGAUCUGUCACUCAUGACCCUUUGGGAGCACUUGCAGAUUGGACGGCGGCGAAUCAUCACUGCAACUGGUCUGGGAUUGCCUGUGACCCUUCCUCGAGUCGAGUCAUUUCGAUCACCCUGGUUGAAAUGCGGCUCAAAGGGGAGAUAUCUCCAUUUCUUGGAAACCUUUCAAGCCUCCAGGUUCUUGAUUUAACUUCAAAUUCAUUCUCCGGUCAUAUUCCACCUCAACUAGGACUAUGCUCCCAGCUCACUGAUCUAAUUCUUUACUAUAAUUCUCUGUCGGGUCCAAUCCCACCGGAAAUAGGAAACCUUAGAAAUCUGCAAACGAUGGACUUGGGCGAUAACUUUCUGAACGGAAGCAUCCCCGACAGCAUUUGCAACUGCACUUCCUUGUUAGCUCUAGGUAUUAUCUACAACAAUCUCACAGGAACAAUCCCAAAAAACAUAGGAAACUUGGGUAAUCUUCAAAUCUUGGUAGCAUAUAGAAACAGUUUGGAAGGUUCAAUACCUGUUUCCAUUGGCAUGUUGGGAGCUUUGCAAUCUUUAGACCUAAGUGAAAACCAUCUUUCCGGAGUAAUACCUCCGGAAAUAGGGAAUUUGUCAAGUUUAGAAUAUCUUCUGCUUUUUAAUAACUCGCUGACGGGAGAAAUCUCAUCAGAACUAGGUCGUUGUAGGUCACUUGUUAAUCUUGAACUCCACACCAACAAGUUCACGGGAGCCAUUCCUCGUGAGCUUGGAAAGCUGGUUCGGUUACAGACUUUAAGAUUGUAUAAAAACAAGUUGAAUUCCACAAUUCCUCUUUCCUUGUUCCAAUUGAAAUCAUUAACCCAUUUAGGACUCUCGGAGAAUGAGUUGAUUGGAACGGUACCAGAAGAGGUUGGAUCUUUGGCCUCGUUACAAGUGCUGACCCUGCAUUCCAAUAAGUUCAAGGGAUGGAUUCCUUCAUCAAUAACCAACUUGACAAAUUUGACAUAUUUGUCACUGAGCUACAAUUCUCUCACAGGAGAACUUCCACAAAACCUUGGAUUGCUUUAUAAUCUAAGGAACUUGAGCCUGGAAAGCAAUCAUCUUGAGGGAUCGAUUCCUCCAAGCAUUGUCAACUGUACCCAUCUUCAGGUUAUAUCUUUGGGUUUUAAUAAUAUAACAGGGAAAAUUCCAUCAGGUUUAGGGCAGUUGCCAAAUUUAACAUUUCUAUCUAUAGGGCCAAAUAGGAUGUCGGGUGAAAUCCCUGAUGAUCUCUUCAACUGCUCAAAUCUUCGUCUUCUAAGUAUAGCAGAAAACAAUUUUACUGGAUUGUUAAAACCAGAUAUCGGCAAACUCUUUAAUCUCCAGGUUUUGAAAGCUGGUUUCAAUUCAUUUGUUGGGUCAAUUCCACCAGAGAUUGGCAAUUUGAGUCGACUUGUGACCUUAACCCUUGCUGGAAAUGGUUUCACAGGCCAAAUUCCACCAGAAUUAUCGAAAGCCUCUCUUCUUCAAGGGCUCUCAUUGCAUGAUAACGCUCUAGAAGGUGCCCUACCUGAGAGACUAUUUGAACUGAAGCAGCUUACUUAUCUAGACUUGCAGCACAACAAAAUAACAGGUUCCAUUCCGAACGUUGUCUCAAAGCUCGAGUUUCUUACAUACCUCAACCUCAACAACAACAAGCUCAAAGGGUCCCUUCCAAAUAGCAUGGAACGUCUAUAUCAACUUUCAACAUUGGAUGUCUCUCACAACCAUCUCACAGGAUCGAUUCCUAAGUCCAUGUUUGAAGGGAUGAGAAUGAUGCAGCUGUUUCUGAACUUCUCCAACAAUUUCUUAGAAGGAAGUAUUCCAGAUGAGCUGGGUAAGCUGGAAAUGGUGCAAGCCAUUGACAUCUCAAAAAAUAACUUUUCAGGAGUCAUUCCUACGACAAUUAGAGGCUGCAGAAAUUUGUUUUCUCUAGAUCUUUCAGGAAAUAAACUUUCUGGUAUCAUCUCAGCUGAGGCAUUUGCUAAAAUGGAUAUGCUUAGAAGCUUGAACCUUUCAAGAAAUAAAUUAGAUGGUGAAAUUCCAGAAAACUUGGCGAAAUUGAAGCAUCUAAGCUCCCUGGACCUUUCCCAGAAUCAACUUUGGGGUAGCAUUCCAGAAAGCUUUACCAAUAGUUCCAGCCUGACGCAUCUCAAUCUUUCAUUCAAUCAACUUGAAGGCCACGUUCCAGAGAACGGCAUAUUCAAAACUAUCAACUCGUCAAGUUUGGUAGGAAACAAAGCUCUCUGUGGAAACAAAGUUCUCAGGUCAUGCAGCAAGAGAAGUUCAAAUCGUUUUUCCAAUAAGGCAAUAAUAAUUCUCAGCAUCCUUGGAACUGUUUCAGUACUACUAAUCCUAGUGCUCGUAGUUUCAUCCCUCCUCUGGCGUUGCAAAGAGAGGAAACCUGUCGAGUUGGAAAACCCAGAACCAGGGUUCACACCGGCAGCUCUAAGAAGGUUUGAUAAAAUGGAAUUACAAAAUGCAACUAGAUCCUUCAUCGAAGAUAACAUUAUUGGAGCAAGCAGUUUGAGUACCGUGUACAAGGGUCAACUGGACGAUGGCAAGCAGAUAGCAGUAAAGAUAUUGAAUCUACAUCAGUUCUCCAAAGAAUCUGAUAAGAGCUUUCACAGAGAAGUCAAAAACUUGAGCCAUUUAAGGCAUAAGAAUCUGGUAAAGGUACUUGGGUAUGCAUGGGAAAGCCAGACACUAAAGGCUAUCAUUCUUCAAUACAUGGAGAACGGGAGUUUAGAGAGCGUCAUACAUGGUUCCAUGAUGGAUUAUCAUAUCUGGACAUUAUCUAAGAGAAUUGAUCUUUACAUCGCAGUCGCUAGUGCAUUGGAUUACUUGCAUUCUGGCUAUGAUUUCCCCAUUGUGCAUUGUGAUUUGAAGCCUUCAAAUAUACUUCUCGAUGGAGAUUGGGUUGCACAUGUUAGUGAUUUUGGAACAGCUCGCAUGCUGAAUGUUCAUCUCAAUGAUGGAAGCAGCCUUUCGUCAACAUCAGCAUUUGAAGGCACUAUUGGCUACUUGGCACCAGAAUUCGCAUACAUGAGGAAUGUUACAACUAAAGUCGAUGUGUUCAGCUUCGGCAUGGUAGUCAUGGAGUUCCUAACCAAAAAAAGACCAACUGGACUCAUGGAAGAGGAUGGGCUGCCAGUUAGUCUUCAACAACUAGUUGAGAAAUCCCUUGCUAGUGGAACCAAAGAGGUCCUUAAAGUUCUGGAUCCUAUGCUAGCAAUGAAUGUUUCCAAUGAACAAAUGGAAGCAGUAGAAGACCUCUUUAAACUAGCCUUGUUUUGUACCUCCCCUAAUCCUGAGGAAAGACCCAACGUGAAAGAGGUUUUAUCGAUCCUUUCCAAGCUAAAAGCAAAAUACUAUGAAAAUGAGGACAUAAUCUCAUGAAGAAUCGAUCACCCUGCUGCCUUGGAGAUGCAUAACAGCAGCAAGCUCAUUGCAUUCUAAUGUAUUGGUAGGAUUAUAUUAUGCAAUAGCUCUUCUAUUGAGCAGUUUCAAUUUCCUCAAUCUCAAACUGUCGUUUCAGUUAACUCUUCAGAAGUGAGAAAUGGAAAUGAUUGCAUCUUUGUUUGUCUU